AUGUAAGAAAAAAGAUUUACUCGUAUUACAAUUGAUAAAAAUCAUCCUUAAUCAAACAUAUAUAUUACUAAUAAAGAUUUCUUAAGAUAUAAAAAUAAUACUUAAAAGAAAUAGAAACUUGAGCAAUUAGCAUUGAUGGAUAUUGUUGUUAUAAUUAAUUUAAUUGAUCAAGAAAUUCUUUAUGAAGAGAUUCCUCAUUUAAAUCCUACAACUGUUAAGAAAUGCUAGAAUAACCCUUUUUUAGAAAAUAUGGGAGCAGCAAAAUUAAUUGAUGUAAUUAAUUCUCUUUGUUAUAAUAUUAGGAUGUACUUAAAGUAUAACAAAAAUCAGUGGCCAUUUUUUGUGAUGAAACAUAUAUUAAAUCUUAAUAAUUACUAGUUUGUUAUCUUAUUUAUGAUUAAUUCAAAAUAAUGACAGAUAUUAGAAAUUUAGAUUCGCUUGAAAAUAGAUUAUGUGAAAUUAACUUUGAAAAAAAAGAAAUUGCUUUAAACGAAAAUAACUUACAUAUCUUUAAAGGUUUUUAUGGAAAUCCAAUAUUUCCAAAUUAUAGAUUUAAAGCUGAGAUUAACUAAAUUUCCGAAGUCUUAAAAUUUUAGUAGACAAAGAGUAUAAGUGAUAAGACUUAUACUAAUAGAGAUAAGAAUGUAUCAUAUUUUAUCAAUGGUGAUAAUCUCAAUUUAAGUUAUCCACUUAAUUAAUUGUAAUUAUCAAAAAUAGGUGAUUGAUAUUUAAUUAUUUAGAUUUAAAUUAGAAAUAUUUUGAAGUUUUAGAAGCAAUAAAAGAUGAUGAAGUUGUUAAAUGGAAUAGUGCAAUCAUAUUAAAAUAGAAAUGA